CUUAUUUGACUCCCGGUUUUAAAAUGUGGAAGUGUCUGCAGUUUGUGCUCGAAACGUUUUUGGUAGACAUGCAACCAAUCACGUGUUGUGCUUAUGUAGAUAACAGCAUCAUGUGAUUUGAAACAACUCUCAUUUGAUUACUGGGAGUCACAGCAGCAAUGUAUAGCAGUGUUUUCCCUCUUUAUUUACUCGUGAUCGGCAGCUGUGUUGCUCGGUAUGAGCCUACGUGGGAAUCAAUUGAUUCAAGACCUCUGCCGGAAUGGUUCGAUCAAGCCAAAUUCGGUAUAUUCAUUCACUGGGGAGUGUUUUCAGUUCCCAGCUAUGGCAGUGAAUGGUUCUGGUGGUACUGGCAGGGCCAGAAAUUGCCGUCUUAUGUGAAGUUUAUGGAGCAGAAUUAUCCACCCGGCUUCUCCUACGCAGACUUUGCUCCUCAGUUCAGAGCCGAAUUCUUUGAUCCUAAGGAGUGGGUUGACGUUUUCGCCUCGUCUGGAGCCAAGUAUAUUGUCCUCACAACCAAACAUCACGAAGGUUUUACACUGUGGGGCUCGAAGUACUCGUGGCCGUGGAACGCAGUGGAGGUCGGGCCGAAGCGGGAUCUGGUGGAUGAGAUCGCCGCGGCUCUCAGGGACCGCAGUGAUUUACGUCUGGGGCUCUACCACUCUUUAUUUGAGUGGUUUAACCCUCUCUACAGAGCUGAUGCUGACAACCGCUUCAAAACCAACGUGUUUCCUACGACAAAGACCUUACCUGAGCUGUACGAGAUCGUCAAGCGGUACAAGCCCGAGGUGCUGUGGUCUGACGGUGAUGGAGACGCACCCGACUCUUACUGGAAUAGCACAGGGUUCCUCGCCUGGCUUUAUAAUGACAGCCCCGUGCGUGACACUGUUGUGACUAAUGACCGCUGGGGAUAUGGCACUAUAUGUAAUCACGGCGGAUAUUACACCUGCUCGGACCGCUACAACCCCGGACACCUGCUGAAACACAAGUGGGAGAACUGCAUGACCAUUGACCAGAAGUCAUGGGGCUACAGGAGAGACGCCAAACUCAGCGAUUACCUCACCAUCGAACAGCUGAUAGCGUCUCUUGUUGAGACCGUGUCUUGCGGGGGGAACUUGCUGUUGAACGUGGGUCCGACGCACGACGGCCGUAUUGUGCCCGUCUUUCAGGAGCGUCUGGAACAGAUGGGCCGGUGGCUCAAGGUGAACGGACGGGCCAUUUACAACAGCAGCGCGUGGAGGGUUCAGAACGACACGGUCACUCCUGGAGUCUGGUAUACAUCGAAUCAGCAGGAGGAAAUCUAUGCUAUUUUUCUUACGUGGCCCGCUGAUGGCUAUAUUGUUCUGAGCGACCCAAUUGUAUCAUCAUCCAAGACGCAGGUGGCGCUGCUUGGAUACCGGUCCCUCUCUUGGGAAUCCACGAGACCCACUGGUCUAAAGGUUCACCUGCCCCAGCUGGCCCCUGGUCAGAUGCCCUGCUCCUGGGCUUGGACCCUGCGGCUGACCGGUGCGGUGUAGCCAGAGGAUGGCGCCACAGCUAGCCGUUGCUUUUGUAGUACAUGAUUGAAGGCACUACGCGGCUUCUCUUCGCACAUUUAAAGACACCCUGUGGUGACAAUCGCGUUUUUCACUCUGCUUAUAUGUCUGUCUGGUGUUUUUCGUAUGUUUAAAGAGACCCCGUGUGCAAAUCACGUCAGUAUACAUCGUCGCUAAACAUUUUCCCCUUAAAAGUUUGGUGUACCAAAACCGCCAUUAUUACAUACCAUCACAAAAUGUAACCAGUCCCCUCAUUAUAACAAAGAGAGCAUUAAUUGCCAUGAGCUUCAUUGCUUAUAACAGAAUUUUGUGAGAUUGCGAGAAACUAAGAUUAAAUGACCAAUUUUUAGUGACUAUAAGGGGAACGCUCUUUUUAUGGUUUGCAUUUAUAUUACGUUUACAUUUAUUCCUUUAGCGGACACUUCUCCAAAUUGGCCUACAAUUGGGGAACGCAAGCGAUUCAUCUAAAAGAGGUUAAAAAAAAGCAACGGAAGUGCUCGUAAUACAAUUUCAGGAGAUUGUUCAGAUUAGCACAAGCUAUACAUAAAGGGAAAAUCGAGUUUUUUUGUUAACGAAAGAGAUUAGUUUUUAGCUGUUGCUUGAAAAUUGUCAGGUACCACUCACUUUUAGAUCUAUGGAGCAAUAGGAGCAAAUGCAUGCAUGCUGAGGGUGCUUGAGCACAGCAAUGGUAGGAGUCACCAUGUGUCCGUGUGAUUUAGUUUAUGUGGAGAAGAUGAGGGGUCCAAGAACAGAUCCCUGAGGAACCCCGGUGAAUAGUUGAUGUGCUCUGCAUGCCUGAGAGAUAGGAUUCAAACCAGCAAAGUAAAAUCCCAGUGGUGAGAAGGUAGCCAGGAGGAUCUUAUGAUUCACGGUAUCAAAGGUGGCAGAUGAAUCCAGCUGAAUGAGAACUGAGGCCAAAAAUGGCAAAAAUGACUAAAUAAAAAGGUACAAAAGCUGUCACUGGGGCGAUAUAUUUUCAAAAGAUACACCGUUUUAGGUAUUAUUAUGUACACUUGAGGUACUGAUGUUCUUUUAAGGUACCAUUAUGGACUAUUUAGGUACAAAGGUGUAUAUUUUGAAAAGGUAUCGGCUCGGUGACAGCUUUUGUACCUUUUUUCUUUUUUGAGAGUUUGGUCACCAGCAUUCUUUUGUGUUCAACAGAAGAAAGAAAGUCAUUAUCGCUUUAGAACAACAUUAGGGUGACUAAAUGAUGACAGAGUGUUCAUUUUGUUGGCCUUUUAAAAUCCACAGAAACACAAAAGUUGUUCUUCAUACUACGGAAAAUAAUUUCUAUUUUAAAAACGAUUCAAUGAAAGGUUCUUUAGGGAACGCAAAAUGGUUAACUCAUUAAACUCUAUUCUGUGUGGUAUAAGCUAAAGCUGUCAGAAAUCUACAGGCCGCCUUAUAUCUAUAUUCAUAGUAAAUAUGUAGUUUAUAUUAUAUAUAUCGUUUGGUUGGGCGCAAAUUCGUGUGUGCUGCUACUUUGCUAAGUGAUCAGAACUGAACAUUUUUGACUGGCAAAAUAACUAAAAAAAUAAUGUGAAAACCUAAUGAUGGUGACUUUUGCACAACUAUUAUGUUUUUUUUUGUGAAUUAGAACUACUACUAUGCAGCACCUAUUAUUUGUUAGUUUUUUUAUGCAGUCAACACAUUUGUAAUUAUAUUUACAAUCAAAUAAAUACACUGUAAACAUGCACUAAACAAGGCCUUCGCGUAAAGCCAGAUGUGUGAAGCUGAUAUUUUAUUUCUUUUCUGAAAUGAAUAAACAUUUAAAUGAAAUUUA